AGGACUGGGCAGGUCUAUAAGGUGCUGUCAGCAAAGCAGAUUACCCACCAUGCCAUUAGCACUCUGUCUCUUCUCUCAAACCCACCCACACACACACACACACACACUCUUACUUGACUGGAGAAGUCUGAAAGGACAACACACUGGGCAGAGAGUAGGACGCUGUGGACAUUUCAGGACACGUGUCUCCAAACACUGACCCCAUUAUGGAGCAGGUAGAUCUGAUAGAAAGGAACCUGACCCUGACCGUCCUGCUGCCUGAGGGACACGAGAGAACAGUUACAGUGCACGGCAGUAAACCAGUGAUGGACGUGCUGGUGAUUCUGUGCGCUCGCUACCACCUGAACCCCUCAGAUCACGUGUUGGAACUUUUUUCCACGAAUCACAACAAGCUAAAAUUCAAACCCAGCUCUCUGAUUGGCUCGCUGGAAGCCGAGCUCAUUAUGCUGAAACCUAAACGAAGCGACAGCAAGAAAGUCCCUCACGUUCCUGUGGCCACAGUGCGUCUGAUGAUUAACUACAGGAAGUCCCACAAGGCCGUGGUGCGAGUCAGUCCACAGGUUCCCCUGGCCGAGUUAAUGCCUGCUGUGUGUGAAAAGUGCGAGAUGGAUCCGAAAAGCACCCUGUUGUUAAGAGACAGCCAAUCAGAAGAGCCGCUGGACCUGACUAAAACUCUCAAUGACUACGCCAUCCGAGACCUGUAUGCCAAAGCUAUUUCAAAUUCUCCACCUGACCCAGCAACUCUGACUCAUAAAGGUACUGAAGAUUGCAAGAAGGAUAAAUCGGCGUCACAGGAGAAGGUCCAGGGCGAGAAAGAGAACAGGGGAUUACUCGGCUUGUUCAGGAGAAGCAGGAAAUCACUGGAAGAGACUGCACCGAACACCACCGCCGUGAACGUCGCCAGCUCUCUGGUGCUGAAAGAUCAGCAUGGAAAUGAGACGUGUUGUCCAGAAGUAAACUCCGCCUCAUCCAUGACGUCUUGUGAAAUGACCAAGAAGAGACGAGCCCCUCAGCCUCCCAGCAUGCUCGGCUCCCGGAGCGUCUCUUGUGAACUGAACUCUGGUCAACAAGUCGCACUGCCGUCCACCGAUGAUGACAAACAGGGUGUGCUGAGUCGGGUCUCGUCCGCCGAGUCGUCUCUGAAGAGGCACAAACGUAGAGCCCCACCCCCUCCAUGCACAAGUUCCUCCCUUCCAGACCCUUCUGAUGAUAAAGAAAGCUCGUAUACAGGAGGCUUUCUAGAGGACGAAGAGGAGAACGCUACUUUCAAGAAACCGACCUGCUCGUCCAUCCCGGUGUCCACUCUGAUGAACGAGGUCCUGUCCGAAUUUACUGACCGAAUGAAAACCAUGGAGCGGAGACACGUCUCGUUUGACGGGUCCAUCACACAUCCACCCCCAGCCUUAAGCCAUUCCCUAGUGUCUGGGUCUCUGGAUGGUGAUCCUGUGGUGCCCCCUGGCUGUAAGCUCCUGAGACACGGCUCUCAGAGAGACGGCCUCACCACCUUCACCGUGGUGCCCCAGAGAAGACCACAAAACACGAGACAGUACGAGUUUCUCAUCACGAUGGAAACUUCGGAGACUACCAAUGAAGAUCCAGGAGGAAAUCUGGAAGGAAGUGGGUCAGAAUCCGGAGAGGUUGAGCAAAUGGAGACGUUUGAAAAAGAUGAUGCUGAAUUUGAAAAUGAAGUGGAAACUGGUGAGGUGCUGAGUAUCAAGGAAGGGUUUGGGAAAUUAAAUCUGGACGUAAAUUCCGAGAAACAUCAUUCGGAGCACAAAGACGGGACGGCCGAUCAAGACGGGAGAGAAUGGAUGGAUGAGUUCAGAACAAGGAGAAGGAGAUUUCUAACAGAUGAUCAUUGGGAGGGAGGAGAUUUAAAGACGUCUAGAAAGGUGCUUGAUCAAGAAAUGGAAGAUGAUUAUGAUGAUUGCUGGGAAGUGGAAGACACUGAGAAUUUGGAGGAAACUGAGAGUUUCAGGAAAGAGGAAACUGAGGAACAUGAAGCAGGAAAUGUUUUCCCUAUUUACAACCCAAAUUUAUGCGACUCUGACCCUCAGCGUGACCCUACAUCUGAUGUUUCAUAUAACAAAGACCCCUACUGGGAUGUACAGCGUUCCUCUAACCUUCACAUCUCCAAUUCUGACACACCUAACACAAGCUUUUUCCAAACCAAUCCUCAUAAUCACCAACCCAAUUCAGUUCAGUCUCUCUCAAAGUCCAAACCUGAUCCCAGCACUGAGCAUUCCCCUCCAAACUCAACAUCUCUCUUUGCUCUGGCUGUCAGCAAAAGAGUUCAGAGUCGUGGGAAUGCCAGUAGUCCUUUAAAUCCUUCUGCAAGAAGAACACCCUCUCCAACUCCGUGCUCUCCAAGUGCCAGUUCUCAGCACACUUCCUCUAAAAAGCUCUAUUUCCAGAACCUGAUCACGGAAGAGUUUACUGUGAAGACACCAGCAUCUCUAGGUCCCUGGAAUGAAGCCCCACCCAUUUCUACAGCUCCGCCCCCUGUCGCUUUGACACCUCAGGCAAAAAGGCAAACCUGGAGUUCUUUUUCACGUGCACAAAUGAAGAAUUUGGAGCAAAUAUGAUGUUCAGAUGACGCUUUACAUUUUUUAGUUUGAUUCUGAUUGUUAUUUUUCUUUAUAUUAAACUCUAUUCUUUAUAUCAUUUGUAUAAUCAUGGUCAAUUAAAAAAUGUGUGAACAAUGGAAUAGAAAAUCUGUUCUGAAAGUUUUGUUUUGUUUUUAUGUAAAUAAAUGUUGCAAGCAUCCGA